AUGGCGAGCGAUACAACCUCCAUGAGUGCUAGCAAACGCCACUCAGCAACAUCUAGUCUACGCCAUAGCCAAACAGCACGGCCUGCCUCCCCCCAUACACCACAGACACGUUCAGGAAACACCUCGUUCACCAGCAACACGUCGCCGGGUUCCUCCUUUCGAAAUGAAGACGAUGCGAUCAUCUUUGAGAUAGGUGCACGAUGGCUACGCGCAGGGUUUGAAGGAAACAGUGCUCCUGCAUGUGUGGUUGGCUUUGGACCUGAAGAGUCGAGGAGAGCGGGGGACUAUCGAGGAUGGAUGCAGGGUAGCAUUGGGGCUGCACGACUACCGCAACCCGUCGAUGUGGAGGAAUGGACACAGGCAUAUGAAUUGUGGCGGCUGGACUCACGAGAGGUUGAUCUUGGCCUAGUUGAGGACAAGAUCGAGCGUGCGUUUCGGGAAACAUACAACCAGUUCCUGUUGACGGAUGCAGGCACAUCUCGCUUGGUUCUUGUUCUGCCAUCUCUUAUGCCACACCCAUUGCUAUCCUCACUGCUGUCGACGCUCUUUAGUCGCUGGCGCUUCCCGAGUGUCACUCUUCUGUCCAGUGCGACCAUGUCAGCAAUGGCAGCUGGAUUGCGGUCAGCUUUGGUAAUUGACAUUGGCUGGGCCGAGACAACUGCCACUGCGAUCUACGAAUACCGAGAGAUGACUACGAAGAGAACGACACGGUCUAUGAAGCAUUUGAUGCAGGAAAUGGGGCUGCUCCUCACUGGUUUGGCUUCCGAAGGGGAUCGCGAUCCGGAGGCCGAAGAUAAGAUUUCUGUUGGGUUCGCGUACUGCGAAGAAGUGAUUAGUCGAUUUGCCUGGUGCAAACUGCAGACAGAAGACGAUAAUUUGGCAGAAGAAUCCGACCAGAAAUUGUCAAUUCCUUCACCAGCCAACCCGGACGAAGAAUACAUGGACGUGCCGUUUUCCCGUCUCGCCGAACCCGCCGAGAAGGUGUUAUUUGCGACAGGCAUCCCGGAAUAUGAGCUGGAUGACGAAGAGAAGUCUUUGCCUUUACUUGUCUACAAUACCCUUCUUUCAUUGUACCCUGACGCACGUGGAACAUGCAUGUCUCGUAUCAUUUUUGUGGGCGGAGGUUCUCGAAUUCCUGGGCUGCGGCAGCGUGUUCUCAAAGAAGUCUCACUCUUGAUUGCGCGUCAUGGAUGGAGUCCAGUUCGAGGCAAGGCACUCGAGCGACAGCGACAGCGAUUGGAGGAGUUGAGACUUUCGGCUCAGAAACCACCCAGCGAACCGAAACCUCCUACAAGCAACGGAGAAGCGCCAUCCACUGACGAGGAACCAUCCGAUCCUUCCAAAGAAGUACCAGAGAUUGACUUCGUGGAGCAAAAGCUGCGUAAACAAAACAAAGAGAUCCCAGUUCCUAUCCAAGGAAUCUUGCGUGAAGUCGAAUCUCUUGGCGCAUGGGCGGGUGCGAGCCUGACAACUAGCCUGAAAAUCCGCGGGAUGGUAGAGAUUGAACGAGAGAAGUUCCUACAGCAUGGACUCGCUGGAGCUACUCGAGACAUCGACCAUCCUGUUCCUGAUCGUCGAUCGGGGCUGAGAUCUGGUGGUGAUCGGUCGAGUUGGACGCUGGCAGGCUGGGCAUGA